GGCCUUCUGUGUACGUAAAUAUGUAAGGGUGUCUUCAAAGGAAAUGAUCGUCUAAUGUUAUUAUUUUGAUGUAAUAUAUUGUCAGACAAUAAUAGGGUCACAGUGCCAAAUAUCCUGUUGUGGGGCUAGUUUUUAGUUCUUUUAAUCAGCUUCAUAAUCAUUUGAUCAAAUGAAGGCGUACUGCUCCAGAACUGCGCUUUUGAUAUGGUUUCUCAUGUUCAUUGUUUCAGUCGACUCGUACUAUUACGUGACCAUCUCGCAAAAUGGGCCAGUGGUCCGAGGGGCCAACAUCACGUUCAGGGCCGACCUGUUCAACUCUUUUGGGCAGCCGGCCAAGGGCACCUUCUGGUACGUCUGGAAGGACAACGCGAUCCCCCAGCACACAGGAGAGGUGGAGGUCCAUUCUCCGUGGACCGAGUGGGUGGUCUCGUUCCCCGCCUCGGUCUACGCUCCCGGGACCUACGAGGUGGACGUCACCGUCAGCUCGAGCUUCCUGUACUGGCCGCUGUGUAGCCAGAGGGCGCUCUUCAACAUAACAGCGCUGCUGAACGGAGACCUGGCGCUGUCCCAGCGGAACCGCACGGUGUUCGGCAAGUUCGUGUCCAACUCGUCAGAGGCCGUGCACAGGGUCCAGCUCGGCCAGCCCGACCGCGAACUCCUGGAGCGCAACGCCACCAGCGUGGUCGCCUACUGGUUCGUCGACUGCGUGUACUACGGGUCGACCGGCGACCUGUCGCUGCGCUUCAACUACUCGGGGCCCGAGGCGACGCGCGUCGUCGAGGCGCUGGUGGUCGCCUCGUACGAGCCCCCCGCCACAACCACCACCACGCCCGCCACAACCACAACCACUCCGACCACUACCACUCCAACCACCACCACGGUGGCACCCGCCAAUACCACGACUCCUCCGCCGACGACCACAACCGUCGCCACCACAACCACACCUACAACCACAUCCACAACCACAACCACUCCCGCCGCCACAACCACCACGGCGAGCGCACCCCCGGGGAUACCGCGAGGCGGAGGAUCGCACAACGUCUCCGCGGCCGACUUCCCGUUCGUGUGCGGCAACGGUUCCGUCAUGCCCGACCCGAAGAAGUCGUACGGGCUCUUCCGCCGCCACGUCGUCGUCAGAGCCCCGGUGAGCGGCAUCGAGGUGUCUGGCUCCAACUGGCUGCAGCACGGCGACAUGGUGAACCUGACCGUGUCGUUCAACGGCUCCGUGAACUUCACGCACUGCAUCCAGCCCAAGCAGGGGAGCUACAACGUGACGGGCAACGAGACGUGCAAGAACGAAGGGGCCUUGCUGCGCGAGAGGAAGUUCCGGGUCAUCCACUACUUCAGGUACCCAGGCACGUACGUCCUGCUGAUGAUCAUCAGCAACGACGUCAGCCGGGUCGUCUAUCCCGUCACCAUCAACAUAUACGAGGUGACGAAGCAGGCGCAGCUGUCCGUCAUCGUGGUGCCUGUCACCUGCAGCCUGCUGGCCGUCAUCCUGAUGGUGUUUGGAGUGGCCUACUACGUCCAGAGCAGGAACAGGUACACGGUGGAGGUGGCGGACUUUGACUUCGGCAAGGCCAGCGACAUGGAGUACAAGACCUUCCGGGAGCGCCUGAGGGAGUCGCUCGCCAACUCGAUCAACCGGCCAGCCGACGCGCCCCAGCAGGAAUACACGCGCUUCUCUAAGUGAGGGCGGCCUCGUCUCUCCGGCCCCCCGGUCUCUCCCGCUCGCGUGAGAGAAGCCGGGUCCGCUUCGGGUGAGUUCGCAUGCUCGUGGCGGGGGGUUGCUCUGCGUGUUUUCCUUUGUGUCGCAAAGUCUGUUGUUCUUUUUUUUCAAAUUCCUCUAAUCGAACAAUUUUCAGCUCAAGGUUUUUUUUUAUGUACGUAUACAUUGUGUGAAUGGCAUGAGGAAAAUGUUUCAAAAAAACCCUGAUUCAUUUUGUCACACAUUUACAACUGGCGACGAGUUGUGUCAGUCGUCAAGAUCCCUUUUCCAGUAUUUUUUUUAUUAUUUUUUUAUUUAAACGUUGGUGAGCGAGCAUGUCGUUUUUUUUUGUUGUCUUACUCCAGGAACAUUGUUUUGUCGAUUACGGUAGAGUCUUGAUUGUUCGAGCUCGUGUGGAAAACCGAACGUUUUUCCGCGACUUGUCACUGCAUGGUUUUGUGCCCGUCUAGAUUCCAUAAAUCAUUGCCGAGCUGAUCCGUGUUAGGUUGUGUUUGCCAAGUGAGCCACUUGUGGCUGUUACAAAACUUUUUCUGUGUGCAACGUACAUAUAUAAAUACCAAAUUAAUAUAAGUAGUUUUUAUCGUGAUGUUCAUUCCCAAGGGUGUUAGUUCACUAUGGGUUGAAAUCUCGUAUGCAUUCACUGACACUUUUUUUUUUAUUUCUAAUAAAAAUGUUGAUGGCUAGAUUUAAUACAGAAGAAUGUAUUUAAAAGUUUACUAUAAUUUAGGGUCAUCUUAAAAUAGAUUAAAAAAUUUGUAAUGAGUAGACACAAAGUAAUAAAUUUAAUAUUAAGGAAAUUAUUUCAUUUUGCAUAAGCAGUCAAUAAAGUAAAUUCAACAUGCUUCUCACACAUUGUAAAAACAAUUAUUUUAAAAAAUACAUUAAAACCUGUUUAAGAAAAUUUUCUGCAUAAGUUUAAAAGACUUUGCCCAUUAAUGCAUGCAAUUUUACAUUUUUAAUACGUUAAAAUGCCUUGAUUUGGAAUUAGUCUCGGCUAAGCAUGGCUCAGUUUAUCAAGACUGUGCUGUACGUAUUUCUCCGAUAACUUGUCACAAAAAUGCCACUCUGUUGCAUCAAAUAACUGUGAACACUGUGAAGUAAAUGUGACUAACAGAUUUGUUGUAAAGAGUUAGUUGUUACAAUUGUUUGUAAAUAUGUGUAGUGAAUUGCCGCUGUUAAUGAAUUAUGUAUAUGGUCUCUUUUCUUAAACUAGACUGGACAAUGUGAUAUGUAUAUUAUGUGACUGGUAGAUUGUAGAGGUGCGUAGAUUGAUGAUGUUUUUGGUGACUGUUGUUACAAUUUGUUGUAGAUUGAAUCACAUGGCUGUUUAGUAAUAAAAUAAAUAAUGAUGUAUGCAAGGAAGACUAAUGUUGCAGUUACAGAGUAGGAAUCCCAAAGAACAAUCAUUUAGUGUGUGUGUGUGUGUGGGGGGGGGGGGGGGGGAUGUGUAUUUAAACUAUGUUAAGUCGUUGAAUCCAGAAAGUGUAAGCUUGUUUAAACACAUCAUCCGGAGUUGCCGUAGCAGGACUCAAUUUUACAGUCUCUUCGCGUACACAUUCCUGUUAAUUUCAGUAUUUCUUUUCAUUUCCUAAAUCAUUCUGUGUGUUGACAACAGUAGCCACCUGUGGUAGAAAAUAUGUUUAGGGGUGAUAAGUAGGCUUCGGAGAAUCCAGAUUAUAUUUUUUUUAAAUUCUGAUCAGAUAUCAAAUUAUUCAUGAAUACAACUCAAAUUUAAAAUACAUACAGUAAAUACCCUUUUUUUUUUUUUUCCCCACAGUAAGAUAUAAAAGUAUAAAAGAGAGUACACCUAUCCCACACUUAGCAUGACUAAUGCGUCCCUAAAAAUGUUUGUGUUAUUCGAAAUCGUGCAUUCUGAAGCAUUAGUCUCCAUAAAUAUGAGGCUAAAUUAUUUAAUGUGUUCCAAGAUGUGUAGGGAAGUAAUCUUUACGUAACAUAAAUGUGUAGAAUAACACCUGGCAAAGAAUACGUCACAUCGUUUAUCUUUUUUAAGCCUACUACCCAAUACAUUAGAUGAUUAGAUGAAGAAAAUAUGACACAGCAUAACGGGAGAUAAGUGGUUACGUGCGUAUUUACCGUCAGUCACCUGAUUGGCUUGCCCGCCCAGGCGUGACCUUCAACACACGUACGUGCGUCUGUCUGCUGUCGUAAGCAGCUGGAUCAUUUGUUGUUCCGUACGAAACUCGACAAAAUUAAAACACGUUUAUGAAACUACGAACCGGUUUUAUCUAACUUUAGAACACACGGACAUAUGUAAACAUUUAACCUGUUACCCCUUAUAAAAGCUGCUAAACAAAUCAGUAACAGAUAAGCAAAUUUUGAUUUUUACAAUAUUUAUACUAACAUAAAAGAACUAAAAUAUUUUCUGGUCUGAAAUUAACACUAUCUUGCUUUUUCUUGAAAAAUGUGUCCAAUUUCAUCUCCUUUGGUUUCUGUUGAAAAAAGUUUUGUAAACUUCACAUUCUUGUUUGAUUCCUGUAAUCACAGUGGGGGGUUUUUUUUUUUUUUUUUCCGUUCAUCAUCUGGAUCAUUUUGUUCCAUGACAGAGAAUGCUUCGUUUAAUUAAACACAAAAAAAUUUGCGACAUCUUUCCUAUGCGGUUCUGUCUUUAGUUCGGCCUUCUUUAUCGUGAUUCCAACUGCAGUUGCUUGCGCACGUGCAGGCGUCCGCUAGGCUGAAGUUCAUCAUGGCUCGGUCCGUGGUCCGGGCGAUAACGGCACGGCACGGCGCCAUACGCACAGACGUAAAAACAUUUGGUCCUUUACACUCCAUAGCCGCAACUUAACUUGCCAUAGCAGAUGUUUGUACAACGGCCGUUAGCGUAGUCAGACUUGCGUGUGCAUCUCUUCCCUCCUUGUAUCCCAUGGCACAUCUGUUGUUUACUGACUUUGUGGCGUCGUGCUCAACUUUUUUUUUUUUUUGCCCACAGAAAUUGCGCUCUAACUGAAAUUUACAAACGUACUAUUCAAGACUGGGGCAGUAAAAAUAGCAUUGUGCUAAAUGAAUUUGUGCAGUCUGAAGACGUGCUAAGUUAGGGAUAGGUGUAGUGCAAAAUUCAAGGGGGGGGGGGGGGGGGGGGGAAGGGAAAUGCAUUUUCUUAAGUUAAACCAGGAAAAGUUCAACACAUUUGGUGCUGUCCAUUUUAAUACAUAUCCUUCAACAACAUCAAUUUUUUUUUUCUAAACUUAACAGAAAAAAAGUUUGCUAUUUGAGUAAUACAUUUUAACACAUUUAAUUUUAAUUCAUAUUAUUUUUAUAUAUCUGACAUGUUUCUACUAUUUAAAACCUUACCUUCAAAAUUUAUGUUUUUGAUGAAAGUAACCUUUUUCAAAUGCAUUAUAAAAUUUGAUCUACAGCAAAAAUUAUUUCAAAAGAUUUCAUAUUAAAUAAUAAGCAUUAUGGAAUUUUUUUUUCAUAGUUUGAAAUUCCAAAAAAUCUAAUAUAAAGAAGUUUAAUUUUUGGAAGAAUUAUAGUUGCAUAAUUUAGAAUUUUAUAUAGAUGCACUAGGUUUCAAAACUCGUAAUUUCACAUUGCAUAAGUAAAUAUAUAGAAACCAAACUAAAUUACGUUAGUUUUUCUUUGGAUGGAAAACCUGAAAACGUGGUGUUACACAAAAAGCAAAAUUGCAGACAUUAUCCGAUUCUUCCUGUUCUCUGCUCCUCGUUUAUUUCGAACAUUAUGACCAGUAGCCAAAGCAACUUCAUUUAUUUCUACAACUACACAAACAUGCCACCUUAGUUUAAGGUAACGAUGGUAGGAUGGAUAGAUAUGUUUUAAACAGCUUAUACUUCCAAAAACAAUGAAAGGAUUUUUUUUUAACUUGUGUUGUUCGUAGUUGUCAUGUUAUUAACUGAAGUGGUACUGUUCUAUAAAUGCUAGGAUGUUGUACGCACAGUUACAAAAAAUGUACAUCUGUAAAGAAAAUUAUCGCGUGCUGACAAUUGUAAUUAUUAUUAUAAAUGUUUUAACAUACAUUUUUUUAAUAUAAAGAUUACUCAUUUGAAUUGUGUGUAUCCACAUACUUAAAAAGGUUUGUUUCUGUUUAAAUCUUAUGAGUUCUACAUUGUUACUGUGCAUGAAUUUCGCAGAAUAUUACAUUCCAUAAUGUUAGAAAAUAUUUUUAUAAUGUUUAUAUAAUUUUAAAAACUUAUCGCAGAAAUAAAAAAAUUACAGAGAUGAAAAAUAACUGUUAUAUAUAUUUUGUAUGAUAUAUUUUAAUUAAAUAAAAUUACUGUGUAAUUAUUUAUGUGAUCAAUCAAAGCUGCGUUAAAAGGUUUUUAUACGUAAUGUAAUGCAAUAAAAAAAGAUUUUUAUUUUAUUUUUAGAUACAUGGGGUUUUUUAUAUAUAAUUUUGUUUUCUAAUUUUUAGUUGUUACGUAGUGCAGACAGUUUAGCAAAUGUUUGCAGAAGUAUUUGUCUUUUUUUUCUUUCAUUAUUGUAUCAAUAUGUACCAGGAUCAUGCUUCUCAAUUUAAAUGAGUUAUAUUUUAUUCAACCCGGCAUCAGUAUAAUAUUAUUGAAUACUGGGGGUCGCCAAUUUUGUAAUGAAUAUUUUGCUUCAAAGGGUUCAGUGUUGUUGAUUAAGUAAUGUGCAUAAUUGCCUUGAGUCAUUUAUAGUUGUUUAGGUAUAAAAUAAUUGUGGCUAUUUUGCUGAGUAAUUGUUGAAAGUUGAUUAGCAGGGGGAUGUGUUGAAAGAAUGCAAAGAGAUGCAAAAUUUUGCAAGUUUGUUUGCCCACUAAAGCCAAACUUUUCUGAUUUUUUUUAUUUAUUUGAUCUACUUACUUUAUUUUGGACUAUUUUUAGUUGGCUGCCUGUAAAAAUUAUCUUGUUCUGUGCAUUACUCCCCAACCAAACUAGAGACUAAUUGGUAGUUGACAGCUCUGUAUUUUUUUCGGCCAAACUAUAACAAAAAAAAAAUAUGUCCAGUAUUAGUUUUGCAUUUAUUUACUUGAUGUUAUGGCUAUUUAAGACUUAACCUUGUUUUUGCAUGCGUAUAGAAAAGUUCGGUAAUAAAACAAAACAUAACUCGGCAUGGCAGAUUUGGUCAGAAUGGAACAUUUUAUCUUUAAAUGAUACAAUAAAUAUUUCAGCACUUCCUUUUUUUAUAUAUAUAUUUCUGGAACUGUAGUGUGUUUUCUCGUUCCCUUAUUUGGGUCGUAGAGGUUAUUCAGGCAGUCGGUAAAAAAACAUUUCUCCCCCACGUCGUAACGGAAGUGUCAUCUGCAAACGAACUGGCAAAAUAUCAGGUGUGCUUCCAUCAGCUAGUGAUUUUCAUGGACUGUGUGCGUGUGCAAUUGUAUCACCAGUGUUUCAUAAGUACAGUGUAUUGUGAUUUUGAAAAUAUAAUGUUGAAUUGUAUAAAAUUUUGUUAAGAAAACUUAAAAAAAAAAAUAAUUUUAAUUGGCUAAA